CCUUCCUGCAGUCUGACUUCUGCACUUGUAGUCGGUGUGCAGGCAGAAUGUUUAGAUGUGGAUUUUGUUUCCAUUCAGAACAGUAGUUUUGUUUCUUCCACAUCUGAGGAAGCCAUGGACGUCUUCCAUCCUCUAUCGGUCAAUGAGUCUUACGACAACAACUACGAGGAAUAUUACAACUUAGAAGCAUCGGUAGACUACGGACCUUGCAAGAAGCAUCAGGCAAGAGAAUUCAGCCAGAGUUUCCUGCCGGUGUUCUACUCGCUUACUUGCGUGCUUAGCAUCAUUACUAACAUAAGCUUAAUCAUUACAUUCAUCAGGUUUAAAUCUCUGAGGAGAGCGCUUCCACUCAACAUGAAGUAUGUGGACAUGGCAUGCAUGCUGCUGAGCAGUGCCAGGAGGAAGAGAGCACUGUGCGCAUUCCUUUGGCUGCUUUCUCUUUUGGCUACAGCUCCACAUCUGUACUUCGUGGAGGCUCACGAAUUCCAGGGCCAGAAGAUCUGCACUAACCACUUCUUGCAUAAACACGGCUGGAGAAUUUACAUGAGGUUUCAGAUGAUUGUCCUGGGAUUCUGCAUUCCUCUCCUGGUUCUGGUCUUCUCCACCGUUUUGAUUGUCCGCACUGUGGCCAGAACGACACUUCUGAAAAGGUCCAGGACCUUGACACUAGUGACGGGAUUUACCGUCUUGUUUUUUGUCCUCUGGUUCCCCUACAGUCUGGUCAUUUUCUUGCAUGCUUUGCAAGAGCUGCAUGUCAUAUCUGAGUGCACCACAAGCCUGCACCUGGACCUGGCCGUCGUGGGGACAGAGUGCAUUGCGUUCAUGCACGUUUACCUGAAUCCCAUAGCAUACGUUCUUCUGAACAAGAGGAUCUGGAGAAAAAUACGAGGGCGAUGCUUGGCUCCAAGGGAGAACCUGCUUGGUCCUUCUGAAAGCACAGGCAGUGAAACGACUCAGGACAGUGCCGUGGAGUUGAAGGCAUUUGGGAUGUACCUCGGCUCUGAAUCAGAAGGCUCUAAUGCCGAGAGACAGGGACACUUCUUACCACAUGUAACAUAGUCUUGGUAAUCUGACUGUGACGACUUUUAUGACUUCCACAUCUGGUACAUUUCUACUGCGUGCAACGAUUCCCAAUCAGCGAAAGAGAGCAACAAAUAACUUUUUUUUUUCUUGGCAGUUAUUUAGUUUGCUUCAAGAAAAUGACCAUACAAAAAUUGUAACACUCAUUCACAAGUAAUUUUAAUAUCCUUUAAAAACACGCACUGAUACGUGUUGCUGCUUGGUUGUGGAUGUGUUUGUGGGUGGAGAUCAGUGUGAGCAGAUCAUUGUAUCAUUGAAAAUUUCUGGUCUUUUUAUGAAAAGAACCUGAAAAGGACAUGGUGGUCUUCAUCAAACUGGUCGCUGUUCUAAUGAAUCUGCCUAGCUGGAUUGUAAUAGGUCUGGAUGUGAGCUGAGAACAGCAGUUAGUUUCUUCACAAAUUGCUGAAGCCCCACCUCACACGGUCUCUUAUCAGCUGAAGCCUGAGCACACUCUGUUAAAAUUUCAUCAAUGGAAAGCAGUUUUCACGCAGUGUGAAAAUCAUGUGUUUCUGUCUGAUGUCCAAACACCAAAAUAUCUUUGUGAACAUUAUAGCUUAAGGCUUGAUGUAAGAUUAAAAUGAUUUACCAUUUAUUAUUAUUUUUUGGCUGGAGAAUGAUACAGUAUAUUUUCACAUAAAUACAUUUUAAAAGUAUAUUAAAAGUAAAAUUGCAAUGGUUAUGUACUUUACCAGUAAGAUAAUUGCAUGUCAUCAUAAAAUGAGAAAUUCAUUGUAUUUUAACAAAUUAAAGCAGUAAAGUUUGCAAGUAAAGCAGUAAACUAAAGCAAUUGUUGUAAAUUUGGAUUUAUGCGGUCUUUAUACGGAUUUUAAGAUACAAAUUAUAUGAUAUAUAAACCUUG